AUGCUUCCUUGCCACAUCCAGCCAUGCUCUGACACCGACCCGCCUCUCGCGCGCGGCCCAGGCACCCCUUCCCCGUCCACGUCCCCCGCACGCCCUCCUCGCCCUCCCCCGUCCGCGUCCCCGCUCGCAGUGAACCCGCUCGCGCGCAUGGCGUCCAUCUACUCCCUCCCUGUCGAGCUCCUCGCCCGCAUCUUCGUCCUCGGCGCCGCCGACCCCAUCCAGGACGUGGCCUCCCCCGCCGCCCCCAUCCCCCGCGACCCGCCCUUCGAGGUCCUCGCGUCCCACGUCUGCGCCCACUGGCGCGACGUCGCGCUCCGCACGCCCCACCUCUGGACCUCCAUCGCCCUCACCCAGGUCAGCCACGUCCCUCGUGCGCGUGCCUACGUCGCCCGCUCCGCCCGCCUCCCCUUCCACAUCCUCUUCGACACGUCUGCCGAGGCCGACUACGUCCCCAGCCACUCCAUCUUCCGCGACGAGUUCCUCCCCGCCUUCGAGCCCCUCAAGCCCCACAUCGCCCGCUGGGCGUCCCUCAUCCUCCGCGUCCGCGACAUCCACUGCAAGCGCCACGCCCGCACCGUCCUCUCCACCGUCGGCCCCGCGCCCCAGCUCCGCGCCCUCGAGCUCUGGCACAUCGAGGACUGGGGCAACGUCGAGCGCCUCUGGGGCCACGUCGGCCCGCCCCCCGUCGUCGUCUUCAACGGCGCCCUCCCCGCCCUCACCCGCCUCUCCCUCAUCGGCGUCAACAUCCAGUGGUCCGAGGCCGCGUCCCCCUUCCUCCGCGCCCUCACCGAGCUCGAGCUCGGCGUCCACUCCGACGACGUCCGCAUCCCCUUCGACCGCUGGCUCGACGUCCUCGCCCGCUCCCCCGCCCUCGAGCGCCUCAGCCUCCACUACUCCGGCCCCCGCCUCGCCGCCGCACCCUGGCGCCUCCCCGACGGCCCCGUCCACCUCCCCCGCCUCCGCGACCUCAAGCUCGCAGACCUCGACGUCAGCUACGCCUGCGCCCUCCUCCGCACCUUCGUCGCCCCCGCCGUCCGCAGGCUCCACCUCGAGCUCGGCUUCAUGGACAGCCCGCAGGACUACACGCCCCUCGUCGACAUGCUC